GCCUACCACAACACCAACCCAUCCAACCCGCUCGCUACUGUUACUCUGCCACCGCCGCGAGAAGAACACCGCGAGAGAGACAAGGACGCAAUUCUCAACGCGACUGAAGUUUGUCCUCGUCGCGUCAUCCUACGGCCGACCAUCAACCAUCACCAACUUACCACCACCACCAACUUACCACCACCACCACCACCAACUUACCACCACCACCACCGCCAUCACCCAUCACCCAUCAACGCCGCCACCACCACUACCCACCACCACAACUACCACCAUCGACACCAAUCGCUAUCUACCACCAGUGCCGCCAAGCAACCAGCCGCGACAGCGUGCACCUCCGCUCGACAACGACCCAUAAAAAAUAAAAAAUAAAAAGACGAGGCUAUGCCUGCCCCAGAUAUAGAGGUUGUUGCAACAACACCGAAGGUUAGCAGCAACGACUCCGACAACAUCAACGUCAACGGGAAUGGAAAGCGCGACCGCAGCGUGUCAUCCGAUGCCGUCGUGGUCGCUGAGCGACUACCUCCAUCGGCACCCCCCCAUGAGGGUGGUUUGAGCGAGGAGGAAAAGGCGCAACGACGAAAGGAUGCGAUUGACGAAAUCGCGAAAGACCUCUUGACUGUGCUGAAAGAAUACGAUCCGACGCCAUCCAUCCUGAACUACUCGCUCGCAUCGAUCGAGAGUCCUGAGUCGCAGACGCAACCCCCUACCAAGCGCACCAAGCUUUCGACGCCGAUACCCGACACCAUUACCGACAGGCUCCUAGCGGGAACCUACUCGUCAUUCAAUGCGUUUCUGUCCGACGUAUCCUCAAUUUGUAAGGUGCUCACCAACACGCUGAGCGCGACGCCCAAGACAAACAACGGAUCGAGCUGGGAGAAUGCCAACACGGCCAUCGCCCGAGUCAUCCACUUUGAGUGUCUGGCCAAGGAUCUCGUGAACCGUCAGCGUAAGCGACUGGCCGAUGUCCUGGAUCUGACCGACGAGCUCGUUGCGUCCGAGCAGUCGUCGAAGCCCCCCGUGUCGGACAAGAUGGCGUUGACAGUGUUGACGUGCGCGGGCGCGGUGUUCUCGUCGCUGCCCAUGCCCGACAACAUCACCAUCCCUUCGAACGUCUCGUCGAGGUCGACGUCCGCUACGGGUUCCCCCAAGUCACCCACUUCCACCGCAGCGACAUCCCUUUCUGACUGGCCGAAGCACAAGUCGGAGCAGUUGAGCGUCGUGACACCGUUCGUUGAGCCCGCGUUGGGAGUCUCCCACAUCUCGACCGUUAAGGCGGUUCCGGGAUCCGAGAAGGCAUGCAAUAAGAGGACCGUCAAGGCCCCCAAGCUCGGCGAGGUCUUCCCACCGCCGCCCGUGCUGCAGCACUACCAAUAUCCCCCGGUGGACUAUAGGAAGAAUGGGAUCCUGUGGGGAGGAGGUGUGGGACCCGGUGGCUUCGUGACCCGUCCGGAAUUGGAUUACCAGACCGAAGUCAAGAGUCAUUGGCUGCAGUACACGAACUUUGCGCCCCCCCAUCCGAAGCGCCUGCCGCCAGAUCCUUUUAAGCAGGGGAUCGGCCUUCCGGCGAACUUUGUAGCUGCGUAUAGUUCGUUUGCGCCGACUAGGGACGAUAGUCUUGCCAAGGUUCCUGUCGAGCUCAGCAAUGCCGUCUGGUGGGAGAAUAGAGGUGGCAGGAUAUUCAGGAGGAUGUUCAAAGACGAUCCAGCUCUCGGGUAUAUGCACAAGAGAUACACGCCUCUUGACCUCACCGAUCGACCUGCCGAGUCGAUUGCACGGCAGCCCAGCCAAGAUGAUGUAGACGAGAAGGAAAUCGAGAAGCUGAUCGAGAAUUUCGAGGAGCUUCCGAUCGAUACACGGCUACUGAUGGGUAACGAUGCAAUGCUGACCGAGGUCUCAUCGCUGCUGUCGACCCUACAGAGCCAACAGUACCGCCGCCUCGCCGCCAUCAUCGCCAUCAUCGGCCCGAACGAGAAUCCCUCGCAACCGGCCAGUGAGGAGGUUAAAACCUACAUCCGGCUCCGUGACCGCCUCUCCUCCCUUAUCGAGUCCCUUCCACCACACCUUCUCGCCACAAUCGACGGCCAUGCAGACUCGGAACUAAUGCUCUCCUCCAAGCUCCCAAUUACGGAGGGCAGACCCGUGUUCAAGGGCACGCUUCCGAACGAAGACAUUAAACAAAUACCGCAAGUCCAGCAAGCUGCAAUGACGGCUAUGAAUGCGGCGGCUGGCCUCUCCCCUGUCCACCCCGCGCCAGUCGCAAGCAUGAUGGGGCGCCACCCACAGCAGCAGCAACAGCAGCAGCCGCACCUAAUGGGCACCCCCAAUGUUUCCCUCCUCCACCAGCAGCAACAGCAACACCAUCAACAACAACGAGUGCACCACCACCAACAACCACAAACGCUUCAGCCCCACCACUACGCCUCCCCCGCACCGGGCUACAACGUUCCCAUUCCCCACCCCCAGCAGCAGCAGCAGCAGGGAUACCACCACCACCAAUACCCGCAACACCCCCAGCAGCAGCAACGCCAGUACGCACCCGGACCCCCGCACACGCCGCAGCCGCAGGUGACAUAUGCGCAGCGGCCGCGCGGGAAUGUUCCGCCUCCGCAGGGGCUGGGCGCUAUUGGAGUAGGCGGUGGCGGGUACGGAUACUCCCCCCGAACCCCGCAGGCGGUGGGAAACGGCCAGGAGAGGUAUACUAGGAGUCGGAGGUAGAUGUGAUGUGGUGGAGGAUGAGCCGGGGGGUGGGGAGGGGGCUAAAGGCGGUAAUUGAUUUUUUUUUCUUCUCAUUCUUGAGUUUGGUUUUCACUAUCUGUCUCCCUUUUCCCUUUUCCCUUUUUCAAACUUUUCAUACUUCUUGCUGUCUGCUUAUGGGGGGAUUAACUUCUUUC